AAUUGGCAUUUCAGAUUUCAGCUUUAUCGUGACUGUUGCAUCCACUAGCCAAUAAUAGAUCAAUAAAUCAUUCGUGAAUCUAGACUUCGACUCGAGCAUAUUUGACGAAAUAGGUGAAAUAGGAUACACCAGUAAAACGAAACAGUUCCAGUGAUGCUCCAACUGCUCCGAAAGGCUGGUAAACUGAGAAAGAGUUCUUUGGAUCUCCCAAUAUCAUUCGUAAUAAAACAACUACUCCAAGUCGGUCCUGUGGCGCAACGGAUAACGCGUCUGACUACGGAUCAGAAGAUUCCAGGUUCGAAUCCUGGCAGGAUCGGUUAUAUUUUUUUUUUUUCUCGUUUGUUUUAAAUACACAUUUACAUUUCCACGUGUCGUAACAUAAUUUUAAGAAAAUCUCCUCGGUUUCAGGGAUCGUUCACGCCGUCUGGAGGUGAAACUAUACAGGCAGAGCCAAACGAGAAUAUUACCAACAACGGCGAAACUUUCGAAGAAUCGUGGGAAUUUAAAGAAACGCGUUACUCGAGUGACUCGACGUUUUCUAUAUUCGGACUUGAGAGUACAAGUAGUUUUUUCGACAGCUUUUCCUUAGCAUAGUUAUCGUAUCACUGUUUCCCUUGCUAAGUACUUGCUAUUGAACUCGUUGAUGGUAGGUUUAGGCUGGGAAAGGAAUGCUCCCACGCGUGGGAACUAGUCGAUGCGAUUAUACUGUAAUCGUUAUAGCAACGCAAGUUGUUACAAUGUUUACAUACAAUGUAAACAGCUCAGAGUAGAGUUCAGCGAGAGUAGAGUAAUAUAAAUAGCGGAAUUAAAGAAAACCGUUGUAAAUUUCGCCGUAGGCAAAUGCGAGAUACCCCGGUUAAUUCCGUGAAAACUAAUUGGAAGCGGGCGUAGUCGUCGGGUCAAAUAAAUUAACCCGGUGUGCACUCGAGAAUCGGUUGCGAGACGUGUAAACCGAGAAUGGCUAUCGCGAGGGGCUAUCUUAGUUUCACGUAUCUAUUACAUAAGAUUAUUAUCGUUUUGUUACGGAUUCGACGAAACCGUAUGGAUCGCACGUUUGUAGCAUUUUCUUCGGUCUGCGCUUGCAUUUUUAUUUACACGCUUGCGUAAAUAACCGUCUAAAUAAGCGUCUAAAUCUCUUUUUCAAUUUCAGAAAAAGAUCCGGAGAUUGUCGGAACGCCAGUUUGGAGGCAAAGAUGGCGCCAAUAAUUCCUUCAUUCGGAUUUGGCUACCUCGUGCUCGUCGAACCGGCGAAUUUUUGACCGGGAAAGGUUUCUCUUACCUGUGGUCUGCGGGCAAGCGUCGACGUGGCACGAUAUUCGAUACAUCAGCUGCUACGGGUCUACCAUCUACCUGUGACUUCUCUAUAGAGAAUGGUGACGCGUCACGGAAGAGUGGGACCGGUUUUUCUGGUUUUCAAUCUCUCCAACCGUAUCCCAUUCUCGCUACCUUCUUUGCGAGCUCACGAUAAACUAUAAGUACACGUCAACAUCGCCAUUCCCACUACUAUCAACUUGUUAAUAAAAGCACAACGAGGCUAGUAGACCUUCUAGUAAGUCUUUGGCAGCCAGUUAAGGAACCAAAAAUUACUCUAGCACAGUUAUUUAACGAAAAUGUCGGUCUCGAAUCAUGAGGCGAACUAUACGCCCAGCAUGUGGAGCAAGAGAUUUGGCCACGUAGAAGUGCUGCAGUAUCAUUACAAAUUUAUUACAGAAGCCACAAAGAAGGCUCGUAAAACCCUCAAGUGCAAACUCGACAUUCCAUAUGGACCUACAGACCGAACUAAGUACGAUAUAUAUGGAACAGAUCUACCUGAAGAUGCUCCGAUAUUUGUAUUCAUACACGGUGGAUAUUGGCAAGAAGGUAACAAAGACAUAUCUGCUGUUGCUGCGUCAGUUUUUGUAGCGAAUGGAAUCAAAGUUAUAACUGUUGGCUACGAUCUGUGUCCACAGGUUAAACUUGGAGAUAUAGUAUCGCAGAUUAAAAUAGCAGUCGAAGAGAUAUUGAAGUCUCCUUCGAACCAAAAGAGUAGGAGUGUAUGGAUCGCUGGUCACAGUGCAGGCGCGCAUUUGGCAGCUAGUCUUUUAUUCGAUGAAUCGUGGCUGAAUAGAAUGACAGAACAGGGACAUUUGAGUCUGUUGAAAGGUAUCGUCAUAAUAGGUGGUAUCUUUGAUUUGAAAUCCCUUCUUGGUACUACUAUUAACGAUGCUCUGAAGCUUACGCAAGCCGACAUCGACGCGUAUAGUUUUACCAUCGUCGACACGACAAAGAGCAAGCCCAUACGGGGGUUGAAAGUCAUCGUAACCGAUGGAGAAUGCGAUACUCCAGCGUUCAUCGACGAAUCGCGUAAAUGCGCCCAGAAACUGGUUACAAUGGUGGACGACGUUGAGUAUAUUUUACUCAGAGAAAAUACCGAUCACUUCGACAUCGUAGAGAGGCUCACCGAUCCAGAAUUCGCCUUGACGAAGGCCUUACUGAAUAACAUAACUCGCGACUAACAAGGGCAAAAGUACGCAAAUAAAUAACGUCAAGUCGUACAGU